AUGCCUGAGCUUGGAAGAAUGCUCGGCCGAGGCCUCACAGCGACCACUAAGAAAAGCCCAGCUCCAAGCAUGGGCUACAUGACGGGGACGACUGGAUUGGGCACAUUGUCUGGUCUCAGCAUGGGUGGCUUCUCGACUCCAUCUCCAGCGAAGACACACCUGCUGAACGCAACCACGUCGCUCUCGCCACCUGUCAUUUUAGUCGCGGCCUUGGUGCAAGCAGUGGCCGCAGCGAAGGAGGCGCGGAUGUCUGUGUCUGCAAACGGUGGCAUCACGCUCUUCCAGAAGCGAAGCAUCGGUGGAAAGAUAGACCCGGCUUUGCUACAAGGCCAGUCCAAGCUAACCCGAAGUGAAGCUGUACGACUGAGAACCUACGACGGCAAACAUCUCCACUCGGAUGGCAAGAAGGUUUGGGUGAGCACGGAGAACACCGCGAAGACAGAAGUUCUUUUGCGAUCGGUAGGACCUGCACGUGCACUCAACACUCUGCAGAGCGGAGAUGCAGUCCUUCUGGAGACUCGAGAAGGCAAUCGCCUGGAGAUUCUGGGUGGAGCUGUCAAUGUGCGCCCGAAGAAUUACAGACAGGAUUCGCAAACAUUCCUGGUGCAGAGGCAGGGUGGCGAUGGGGAUCUGGAGGAGGGAGACCCAAGCUUUCUGGUCUCGGGCACGGGCCAUGUCCUGGCCGUGGAGGGCGGCAAGGUGUUGGCGAGGAAGCCAGAUAUGGACACUGGGGAGGCUUUCCUUUUGGAGAGAGCUGCUUCCCACGAACCGGAGAGCCAGUGGCUCGUGGUGCCCAACCCGCAGGGCCAUUGUGACCCCACACUGGAAUGCCAUCGGAAGCUGAACGUUUCCUGCAGAAGCGCGAGUGGAGACGACCUGUCCUUUGACAAAUGCGACCACCACUCUCGCCCCUGGAGCUACGAGCCUUGCUUCCGCUCGCCAUUGGGCUCCUGCAUUGAUUUGGCGGAAUCCGACUGUGUUGACAUCCCUGGGAUGUGGUGGAACACGGAGGGCAAGACUUGCGCCCAGUACGGCGUAGAGGAUUGUGACAACGAGCUGGUCCAUCGAGCCUGCCGGCAGACAUGUGGCGGCGGAUGCCAGCCAGCAAAGACCCUUACGUCCGGAGCUGCCGGUAGCUGCGAGGACGAUCCGCUGUACAGGGGCACCUUCAACUGGCUUUGCAGCUGGUUCAGCUCAAGAAACUGCAGUGCGUACUUGUUCAAGGAUGAGCUGCUCAAGGCAUGCCCGAAGUCCUGCGGCGCCUGCUGA